AUGAGCGCCGACUCUACGGCGUCGGCUUUGCUGUUCGAAACUCCCUCUUACCCACCAUUGAGGCGCCCUCCUCAGGCACGCCUAGACCCCUCUCUCUCCGCCUCACCACCAGCCAUCAUCCUGAGUGCCUAUGCUCCCACUCUCUGCUCCACAUCCGAGGUUAAGGACCAGUUCUACGAGGAGCUUGAGGCAAAGAUCCGGCAGAUCCCCACCAAGGAGCAGCUGUUCCUGCUCGGAGACUUCAAUACCCGGGUGGGAGCUGAUCACGACUCCUGGCCUCGCUGCAUCGGCCGUUUUGACAUCGGCAAGCUCAAUGAGAAUGUCCAGCGUCUUCUCGAGCUUUGCUCCUUCCACGACUUUUGUCUCACCAACACCUUCUUUCCCACAAAGCCCCACCACAGGGUGUCCUUGAGGCACCCCAGGUCCCAUCACUGGCACCAGCUGGACUUUCUUAUCACCAGGAGAUCCCUGCUAAACCAAAAGCCCCGACCCCGCAUCAACACAGCCAGAACUGCCAAGCCUGAGCUGAGGGAACGCUUUGCCAGAGCUAUUGACGAAGCUCUAGAGAACUGUCCAGCAGGUAGCGCUUCCAGGCGGUGGAACCACAUCCAUGAGGCUAUGUACCAGACCACCCUGGACACUUUUGGAAGAAGGGAGAGGAAGACGCUCUGUGCUGCUCGCAAAGAUGCACAGAGGAUUGCCAGGUGCUGUGCCAAUGACUACUGGUUGAACCUUUGCCAAGACAUCAAGCACGCUGCAGACCUGGGAAAUGUGCGUCGGAUGUAUGAGGGUAUAAAAAAGGCCUCUGGCCCAAGCACCAUCAAGACCGCCCCACUCAAAUCAGCUGAGGCCCUUGAGAACACUCCUCCACUGCCUGUUAUGGACGAGCUAGAUGUACCACCAACCAUCGAAGAGCUCAAAAAGGCCAAUGGGUCUUUAGCCAGUGGUAAGGGUCCAGGCAGUGACACCAUCCCCCCUGAAGAUGUCAAGGCCGCGAAGGAAAGCUCCCUCCUUGGCCAUCUUCAUGAGCUUCUGCUGCAACUGCAACACCUUGCCGAUCGUGUUUAUCCAGAGGCACAGCGUGCCUUCAGGGCUGCUAGGUCAACCAAUGACAUGGUGUUUUCCAUGAGGCAGCUGCAGAAGUGCCGAGAGCAGAGACAGCCCCUGUACCUGGCCUUCAUUGACCUGACAAAGGCCUUCGACUUUGACAUGUGUGGGACAGUCCAGUUUGACAGAUCAUGCUCAGAACCCUUUCAAAUAAGAAAUGUAGUGAAGCAGGGCUGCGUCCUUGCUCCUACCCUCUUUGGCAUCUUCUUCUCCCUGCUCCUUUCCUAUGCCUUCCGGAAAUCCGACGACGGCAUUUUCAUUCACACCCGAAGCGAUGGAGGCCUCUUCAACCUGGCUCGCCUUCGUGCAAAGACAAAGGUGAAGAGGGUGCUCAUCAGAGAGCUGCUCUUAGCUGAUGAUGUAGGCGUUGCCGCCCUGAGGCAGCACUGCAGCGACUCACUGGCCGUUUUUCAGCUGCUUGCACAGAGUUUGGCUUCACCAUUAGUUUGA